AUGACGUUUGUGAAGUCCGUGGUGCCUCCUGGCACGGGCUUUCUCCCUGUGCUGCUUAUUGGACUGUACCUGGUGGCAUUGUGUUUCUCGUGGGUAAACUAUAGCACGUACUUUCGUCUUCAUUUAGGUCUCUAUGGAAAGGGAUUCGUGGCAGCGUAUCUUGCCUUUUGUAUCAUUGGGACAUUAGUGUACGCACUGUUUAGUAGCGUUAUGUGGCUUCGCGCGGCCUUAUAUGUUUUUAGGUCGUCGCAUCAAGCAUGGAUUAUUAUCACUGGCGUUAGCGCCAUGUUUUUUUCGAAGGAUCUCCCUUUUUUUGUGCUCGAGUCCACUGCUGUGGCACAGCAUGGGUGGCGCAACGGAUUUCAGGGAUUCUGUUUUAUUGUCCAGCUUUUUUUUUCGUGUUACCGUUCAUGGUCACCUGGUUGA